UCCACAACGCGUGCGUAACGUAUGUAUGCGACCCCAGAACGGACUGCUCCCUGCUGAUCUCAUCGGUUAAUGGACUAAUGAAAGGAUGAGGGUUUGAGAAAACACCUUAUUGUUACCGAAUACCGUGAAGCCAGUGUAAUGCGAUAGUGAAAAGACAUUGUCUCUCUCACCACGCGCAUGGCGCGUUAGGGGAAACUGCAGGCUACAGCUGUCUGUCCGGUCAGCUGUUUUUAUUUACCGAGAGACAGCAGCAUCAAUAGGAGGGCACGAGACAACAGAAUAGUCUAUACAGGCGCCCCGGACCCCCACAGACCAGACCACCAGGACUAAGAGAGAGGAGGGCAAAGAGAGAGAGAGAGAGAGAGAGAGAGAGAGAGAGAGAGAGAGAGAGAGAGAGAGGAUGGAGUUUAAGCAGCUGGUGGAGGUGGCGGAGAAAUGGUGUUCGUCUGUUCCGUUCGAUCUGAUCUUUGCGGAGGAGGAUGAUGAGAGGAGACUGGACUUCUACGCAGAACCGGGAAUCUCCUUCUAUGUCCUUUGUCCCGAUAACAUGACGGGAGGGACCGAGAAUUUCCAUGUAUGGAGUGAGAGUGAGGACUGCCUGCCGUUCCUACAGCUAGCCCAGGACUACAUCUCCUCCUGCGGGAAGAAAACACUGCUAGAGGUCCUGGACAAAGUCUUCACUUCCUUUAGACCUUUGCUGGGUCUACCAGACAUAGAUGAUGAGACGUUUGAGCAGUACCAUGCAGGCGUGGAGGAGGAACCAGAGCCGGACCACCAGCAGAUGGGAGUCAGCCAGCAGUGAUGCCUACAGAAGAGGUGUCCGACCGGGCCACAAUAAUUAUCCACACCUCUGGUUUCAUCCCCUGCAUCAAUACACAGGCCCAACAACCCUGUAGCGACUAUACAAAGUCAUAAUGUAUACUCGGAUUCAUAAUGUACACACACACACACACACACACACACACACACACACACACACACACACACACACACACACACACACACACACACACACACACACACACACACACACACACACACACACACACACACACACACACACACACACACACACACACACACACAGAGGACAGCCAGCCGGACAGCCAGCCUGCUGAAAUGUACCAUUGCGUUCUUUAACUUAUCAAAAGCUUUUCUCUCCAGAUAUUGCACUCCUUCUCAUGUCACACGCACGCUCACACACGCACACGCACACGCACACGCACACACGCACACACACACACACACACACACACACACACACACACACACACACACACACACACACACAGCUGUGUCAUACAACAUUAUUAUUAAUGUCAUUCAUACAGCAGGCUACAACAUUACUAUAGUUUAUAGCAUGAUAAGCAUGACGCUCUCCAACCUUGCUAAGCAUAUCCACCUGAAGACAAACAAUCAACUAGUCUAGCAGCAACAACAUACUCCCUCCCCAGCCUGGCCACCCAGACAUAGCAGAGCACUGUCACUGUCAACCAUGUAACACCUGACUGGAACCAUCCACUGUACCACACAAUGCCAAACCAGCACAUUGUUGUGACCUUGUAAAAAUGUUAGCGGUGAAAAUAGAGGGAGGAAUAGAGCAGAAAUGUAAUCCUAUGUUAGAAACUGUCCCUUAUGUACUGCUGUGAAGUUGGCCAAGAGCUGCUGUAUCUGUGUGUUUAUUUCAUCGUGUGUGUGUGUGUGUGUGUGUGUGUGUGUGUGUGUGUGUGUGUGUGUGUGUGUGUGUGUGUGUGUGUGUGUGUGUGUGUGUGUGUGUGUGUGUGUGUGUGUGUGUGUGUGUGUGUGUGUGUGUGUGUGUGUGUGUGUCAACACCAUCAGUGCACUGCUACGCUUUUACUAUCCCCACGGACCUGAAGGAGUAGGAUGAAGUUGUGUUUAGACACUGAUCCGAGGUCAUUUUCCCCCGUUAUUGGGAUUGGAGAAAGGAAACUGUUCCUAGAUCUGUGUCUACAGGCAACGUCUACCUGCAAGCAGCCUUCUUCCACCUUACUAAACUAGGCCUACACUUGUUACUCUCUCUGAACAUGGCAACUACGAUAGAUGUAAGUCUCUCUCCGAAUGCUUUUAAGUCUUUACUUAUGAACAUCAUUUUUAGUUACAUUAUUUAACUGAAUGUUUGUCAUGCUAAUGUGUGUUUUUAUGUUCUGUCCUCCAGUGUGUGUGAAGGUAUUCAAUAAAACAAAUGUGUGGAGGA